AUGACAGCAUCGACAACAGAGACAAAGAAGUCAGAAGAUCAGACCACCCAGAUCCUGCUUGGAAUCAUGCACUUUUCGUUUGGAGUUGUUUUCCUUUUCACCUUGGUAAACCCAUACCCAAGGUUUCCUUUUAUAUUUAUCUCGGGAUAUCCAUUCUGGGGCUCUGCUUUGUUCAUUAACUCUGGAGCUUUUCUGAUUGCACUGAAAAGAAAAACUACAGACUCUCUGAUAAAAUUGAGCCAGGUGAUGAAUUUACUUAGUGCCCUGGGAGCAGCAGCUGGAAUCAUUCUCCUCAUAUUUGGUUUCCUUCUAGAUGGAGAAUUCCUCUGUGGCUAUUCUCCAGAUGGUAUUCAGUGUGGUGCUGUUACCUUUCUAUUCAUUGGGAUUUUGAUUAUGCUGAUGAUCUUCAGCAUUGCUGAACUGUUCAUUUCCCUCUUUUCCUCGAUUUUGGGAUACUCCUCAGAACAUUUUGGGAUAUGCUGUUGUUGA